CGCUCUGCAGGUUGCUCAGGUCCACCGGCCCCGUGACCGUGCGCUUGACCAGCGUGACGACGUCGGGAUUCCCCGGUGUCGAGCAGCCGGGACGGUGGACGCAGCUCCGGAUCACUAGCGCGUCUACGCCGUCCAGCAGCCGCACGUGCGACGGCCCAAAGUUGUGCGCAAAGUCCGUCGUCUCUGGGUGGUGGACCGAGUCGAAGAGCACGUUCAUCCCUCCAGGGCCGGUGCGACUGACCUCAACGGCGUAGCGCGGCGGCGGCGCUGCCGCUGUCGCCGCCAAGACGAGGCAGACCAGCGUUGUCAGCAGCGCGGCCAUUGAAGGACGCGCUGCAGCAAUCGUUGCGAGGCCUUGGGGCGGGGGGCGGGGUGCGGCGGAUCUACUCGCGGCUUACCACGCCUCCCGGUCCCCAGCCACACAGGGUGCUAGAGCCAUGCCCAAGAGACGCAGCAACGUGCUGCGCGGCGCGGACAGCGAAGAGGACGAAUCGGCGCAGCAGCCGGUGGCAACUGGGCGCGCCGGGCUCGGAGGCCUGAGGCUCGCAAAGGCUCUGCUCGGGGAGGAGGACCUCGCCGAGCUGCGAGCUGCGUUGACUGUGCAGCAGAGUGCGCGCAACCCGCGAUGGGGCGCGCCGCCGCCCUUUGCCGUGUUUCGCGAGACGGAGCACCUGAUCUCUGUGCCGCGCCACUUUCCGCUCAAGCCCGCGCUGCGCGAGGCGGCCAGGCCAGCCCUGUGCGCGGGCGAGGCGGCGACGCUGAUCUUCCGGGGCUCGCUCACGCCGCUGCAGGAGCAGGCGGUGCGAGCCAUGCGCGAGGCGUACGAUCGCGAGGGCGGCGGCAUCCUCAGCCUCUACUGCGGCGGCGGCAAGACGGUGUGCGCGCUGCGGCUCGUCGCCGACGUCGGGCAGAGGACGCUCGUCGUCGUGCACAAGGAGUUCCUGGUGGAGCAGUGGAUCGAGCGGAUCCGCCACUUUCUGCCGGAGGCGCGCAUCGGGCGGAUCAAGCAGAACGUCGCCGAGGUGCACGGCACGGACGUGGUGGGGAUGCUGCAGUCCCUCACGCGCCGAGGUGACGAGUACUCGCUCGGCGGGUUUGGUCACGUGGUGGUGGACGAGUGCCACCACAUCUGCGCGCGCUCCUUCUCUUCGCUCCUCUUCGGCGUCGGCGGCGUCGGCUGCCGCUUGCUCGGGCUCUCCGCCACCGCCACGCGCUCCGACGGCCUGACCCAGGUUCUGCACUGGUUCAUGGGCGCCACCGCAUUCAGCGCCACGCGUGGUGCAGCCGCCGCAAGGAGGGACGAGCGGCGCUCGCGCCGCGUCGCUGCGCUGGUCGCGGCGCUCGCGGCGUCUGGCAGGAAGGUGCUCGUGCUGAGCGACCGGAGGGCCCACCUACUCUCGCUGCAGCCGCUCGACGAUAGCUUUGUCCCUUUCAGGACGAUGGUGAUCUUGGUGUGA